GAGAACUACAGCCAAUUUUGCUCCGGGAGUCUGUUUAAUACUGUUCUGAAUCAUGAAUAAAUGCCCAUAAAACUAGAUGUAUCUCUUCAACAAAAAACGCCUUUCGAAUGCUGAACUUCGAAAAUCGUGAGAUGAGUCAGUCCAAUUACUGAGGCUACUCUACCCAUGCAGAUCUGUCAAAUGAGCGCUUCACCGCCACCCGAAAUUAUUUCUUUCACGAAAGAACAGUGGUGUUUUUCCACGUUAUAGACCACAAGCCACAAACAUUCCAUCAAGUUUGAGUGUCCAGAAUGGCAACAAAAAUUACAUCUAGAAGAGAAGCGUUGAGCUUCAUAGAUCAAUACGAUCAUUUUCUUUUUGAUUGCGAUGGCGUAAUAUGGCUUGAUACUGAAGCCAUUCCCGGCGUCAAAGAAUUCAUCCACUGGUUGCAACAACGCAACAAGACAAUGGCUUUCGUAACAAACAACUCUUCAAAGUCGAGGAAUACAUACGUGCGUAAAUUCAGCGAUUUGGGAUUUGAACACAUCGAGAAGUCUGCAAUCUACCCCACAUGUUACUCGGCCGCUUUAGUGAUUAAAGAGCAGCUCAAAAUCCCCCCGCAGUCCAAGGUCUGGGUCUUUGGAGAUGAAGGCAUCGAGCAAGAGUUGAAGGAAUGUGGUUACAUACCUUGUGGUGGAUCGGACCCAAGUUUAGAUUCUGAAUGGGACCCAGACUCACCAAUUCUCAAAAUAGACCAAGAAGUAAAAGCCGUGGUCGUUGGCUCCACCAAGAAACUCAAUUACAUGCGGCUUGCAACAACUGUGCAAUAUCUUUUGGUGGAUGAAAAGUCUAUUCCAUUUAUAGGGGCGAAUAUUGAUACAACCUAUCCCGGCCCAAAGGGAAUGAUCUUGCCUGCUGGGGGUCCCAUGGUAAAUCUUAUGAGCUAUACUUGCGGAAGGGAUUUCAUAAAUGUCGGCAAACCCAGUGGUUUACUUCUAAACACAAUAUUACAAGACCAAAAGUUUGAUCGUGAGAGAACUUUGAUGGUUGGGGACACUAUGUACACGGACAUAAAGUUCGGAAAUGAUGGUAAGUUGGGAGGAAAAAAUGGAGGCACUCUCUUGGUGUUGAGUGGCGGAAGCAAAUUAGGCGACUUGAAAAACAUUGAGGACAAGAGUACAGAGCCUCAGUAUUACAUCGAGUCUCUAGGACACUUGUUUGAUUUACUCAAGUAGAAAACUCCCGUUAUGCGAAGAAGUAUAACUCUUUUAAGAUUUAGUGUGGGUUUAUUGCUAAAGUUUCAAUGAUGCCGAAUCAGAGCCAUAAACAGGUACUUCAUGUGUCGUGUAAACACUCUACUUCACGCGCUACAGUCUAGCAUGGUGAAAUGAAUUGGUUCCCAUGCGAAAACGUCUCCUAUUUCCAUUCUUUCUUUAUUCAAAACAAAAAAUUCAAUCAACAUGUUUCUGCGGG